ACCGGUAGUGACGUGAAAAUGGCGUCCUCCGCUGCCCGGCUGGCAGCACGUUGGCUAUCAGCAUCCGUUUCUUCUGGACACCGCAGCGGCCGGUUUCUGACCGUCUCCUCCAGACAUGCAGGAGUCUGUUCAUGGACGGUGCCGCCGUCACACCGGGCAGGGUCAGCGGUUAGCACGAGCUCCUGGACACACGGGAAUAUCGUGACAUUGAGAGGACUGACAGGCUCGAGAUGUCCCCAUGGCAUCUCCUGUCAUUCUUUUCACACCAGCAGCAGGUCGACUAACAAGCAGGACUUCUAUGAAGUCUUGGGUGUCUCUCGCACUGCGACACAGAAGGACAUCAAGAAGGCUUACUACCAGUUGGCGAAGAAAUACCACCCUGACACCAACCCAGAUGACCCAGGGGCCAAAGAGAAGUUUGCAAAGCUGGCUGAAGCCUAUGAGGUGCUGAGUGACGAAGUGAAGAGGAAGCAGUAUGACACAUACGGAGCGGCGGGCUUCGACCCAGGCCGUGCUGGGGCAGCAGGCCAGCAGCAGUACUACAGGGCCGGGGGGACCACAAUAGACCCCGAGGAGCUCUUCAGGAAGAUCUUUGGAGAGUUUACAGGAGGAAUGGGCUUUGGAGACAUCCACAACAUGUUUGAACAAAGGCCUGAGUUUGUGAUGGAGCUUACAUUUGCAGAGGCAGCAAAGGGCGCAAAUAAGGACCUGACUGUGAACAUUGAUGACACGUGCCCGAGGUGUGAUGGACAGGGCAACGAGCCGGGAACCAAAGUGCUUCACUGUCACUACUGCAACGGCACCGGCAUGGAGACAUUGAACACGGGUCCUUUCAUGAUGCGCUCUGCCUGUCGACGCUGCGGUGGGAAGGGAUCAAUCAUAAACACGCACUGCGCUCUGUGCCGAGGUACAGGACAGACCAAGAAGAGGCAGACGGUCACUGUGCCAGUACCUGCUGGAGUGGAAAAUGGUCAGACAGUCCGUAUGCCAGUAGGAACAAGAGAAAUCCUCAUUACAUUCAGGGUCCAGAGAAGCCCGGUGUUCAGGCGCAAUGGAGUAGACAUCCACUCAGAUGUGUUCAUCUCUGUAGCUCAGGCCAUCCUGGGGGGCACAGCCACCGCACAGGGCCUCUAUCAGACCAUCAGUAUAGUGAUUCCUGCCAGUUGCCAGUCUGAUCAGGUGAUCCAGCUGCAGGGGAAAGGCAUUCGGAGGAUGAACAGCUACAGCUACGGAGAUCACUACGUUCACAUCAAGAUCAGAGUGCCAAAGAAGUUGACUCGCAGGCAGCGCUCCCUGUUGCUGAGUUACGCUGAAGACGAAGUAGAUGUUCAGGGGACGGUCAACGGUGUCGAGCCCUCUACAGGAGGGGGCAGCAGCACCUCACAUUCUGGUGCGAAGUCGACCAGCUCAGAGGAGGGACAGGACAAGCAGCAGCAGCAGAAGGAAGAGGGAGGCUUCUUCUCUAAGCUAAAGAAAAUGUUUAGCUGACACUCAGGCUGCAGGUGGGAGCUUCAAACGGUAAAGAACGACGGUAAACAUGGAAAAAGAAGAAAGGAAAUCCACCGACUGGGCCUCCAUGCUGUCUCCUCCUGCUUUGGGGAUUGAGCAAGGAGGAGGAAGAAGAGAGGCAGAGUGGUAUUUGUGUUGACACAGUCACACAUUGUUGAAGCUGUGGUUGGCAAACAGGCCACGCAGACGCCAGGUCCACCCACACACCCACUGGCCCGUCACCACAGACAGGUGCUGAGCUGAGAAACUUAAGAAGCUGCUGGAAGAGAAACAAGAUGGCGACUACAGAGGACUAUUGUGGUACAACUCUCAUCCCUGCGUACUUUGAAACUGCACUGCUCGUUGAGUCACAAAGUGCUCUGCAGACAGUAACUCUCUGUUUAAUAAAACCAAGUACGAUGAGGCAGACAGGAAUUAAAUGUCAGCUUGAAAAAUACUUAGAAGAGAGGAUGACCACCCACUACACUCACUUUACGUCAUUACACAACCAGCAUGUCAAAUACACUUUUCCAAGGCAUGGUCUAAAUGUUGGUGAGCCUGCUAUGCAGUCACCCUCUCAUCUAUGUAGGACACUGUUGAUGAGCACUUAUUUUUAAGGAAUACUUCACCUUCCCAAAUGACCACUUGUACAUCAAUUAAUUGUACUGUGUUAAGUGGAAUUUGUCAAGAAAUCUUAGUUAAUACUCAGAUGUCUCCGGUGAACGAAGAAUCCAAAAAUUGAGAGAAUGCUUGAUGAAUUAAAAAAAGGAGACACAAAACUAGUGCAUAUAAUCCAAGUCUUAAUCAAGCUUUUUUCCACAGUAAUUAGUGUGUAGGUCCUAAAAUGUUGAGGCAGAAGGAACUUGCUGUAGCUCUGGUUGAGAGUGAGAGACUGCCAGCACAUAGUUUGCUGGGCACAAGGAAAUGGAAAUCUGUGUGGGUACACGAGACCCUAAAAACAGAGGGUGGAUCGUGGAGAGCACCACCAGUUGGUCCAGGAGCUUCUCCUCCAUGAUGGCUGUUUCCAGGCAUAUUUACGGAUGACUCUGGGGCAGUUUGACACCCUGCUGUCUAUCAUGAUGAUGGGGGUGCUUUUCCACUCUGACUUGAAUUUUUUCAAGUCAAGGAAUUCAGAGCGCUCGGGCAAAAACUCCAGGCGCCUAGAGCGUAGAAACUUGAGUAAAAAGCUUAAUUCUUAUUACAAAUUAUUACAAAAAGCCACCUCCAGCUGCUGAAACGCUUUCUGUGUGAUCAGGGCCUGAGGCAGUGGUAGACCAGCAGCUCCUGUUCUCAGUGAGGUAAAAUUACUGUCAGUGGAGUCUGGCUUUGAAGAGAGUAUAGGUAAGUUUCACUUGUAGUUCGGCUUCCCGAUGUAAAGAGCUGUCUGUUGUGGAAGCACUGAGCAUGUGACUGGAUACAUGACAUUUGGAUUAAACUAUAUGUGUUGUUUGAGCCAACCGUAUCAUAUGUUUUCAUAUAGUUUUUGGAUUCUUUGUUCACCUGAGGCAUGUGAGAAAAGCAAUUUUCUCCAUAAACUCAAUGUAUUUAAGGGAGAAUAAUUGAUAUACAAAUGAUUAUUUAAGGGGGGAGGUAUUCCUUUAGUGCGCAGUCGCCACACAACUCAGUAAAAAGAAUUUUGUUUUUAAAAAAAAAUCCUGGGACUCUCUGGAUAUUAAAACUUUCAAAGGCCAUGAAACAUCCAGUCCUGUGAAAUGCAUUGGGAGAAUAUUCUCAUAUUGUAGAAAGAAAGAAAUAAAAACUGGUUAAGAAAAGGAAGUCGUGAUUGUCUCAGUCAGACAUAGAUGUGUUCGAUAUGAUUUGUUGAAAAAAGCUGUGUUAUUUAAUAAAAUGCUAAAACAUU